UUUUUCACAAGGUUAAGGCCACGUGAGUGUGUCCCCGAGCUAAUAAUAGUAUGUCUGAUCCAUCGUUGCUGACGAAAGCUAAACUGAAAGAGGAACUGAUACGCAAUAAUAUACCUUUACCUAAAUCCGACGCAAGGAAGCAGACAUACGUUGAUUUGUAUACAGAACACGUGCUGAAGGCCGACGAGUCGGGCGACGAAGAAACAACUGACGUGUAUGAAAACGGUGAUAAACACAGUGGCGAAGAAAGUGACAGUGAAGUAGUUCUCAAAAAGCCAAUCUUGCAAACUAAAACAAAAGCUCAUAAAGGAAGUGGAGACUAUUCAAAUAAAGAUCCAGAAACCCCUGUGAUGGAGCCUGUCAAAGACCUUACAGAUGCUGAAUUGGCACAAGAACUUCGAGAUAGGGGUGCAGCCCCUGGACCAGUUACUGCAACUACAAGAAAAGUUUAUGAAAAGAAACUUUUGAAGCUACGACAAGCAGAAGGAAAUACCACAGAAAAAUUGAUGGAGACUUCACAGUAUGAGGAAGUACCGGAUGAUGAAGAAAGAUCGCCCCCACCAAAGCCUAGAACUCCGACAAAGAGAACAACCAGAGCUAAGAAGAUUGAGCCAGAUUACAUGGGUGAAGAAACAACAAUCAUCCACAGAGCACCAAUCCAUUCAGAACCAAAACCAGAGCCUGCAGUUACCAGUAAACCAACACCAAAACGGCCAACAUCAACUAUCAAACACUCAGCCUUGCCUAGAUGGGUCAAGUUCCUUGUUUUUGUUGGCGUUUUCUUUUUUGCAUAUCUUGUCUACCUCAACAUGGAGCCUGCUGGAAGUAGAGUACCCAAAAUAACAAAGGGUCCAGCUUCUUAAUACUAGAUGGAAGACGGCACAACACAAGCUCCGAAAGAGACAACACAGGAUAUGUCUGUGAAUAGUAAUUAUGUUUGAUAGUGCUUGACAACAAUAGAAAUUGCUGAAGUAUCAAUUCAAAUCUGGAAUGUAAAUUAAUUCAUCUUGUAUCUUUUCCUUUGAUGUUUGAGUAUGUAACUGUGAAUUUUUUCUAUGCGAUUCAAGAAGGAAAGAUGAUUUGGAUGCCAAACGAUCCUUCCUUUAAUAAGUAUUCGAUACUAUUUAUGGAACAAGUUUAUUAACAUGAUAUUAAAAGCCACAUGGUAAGUGAUGACUGAAAGAGUAUCAUUAAGUCAUUGUUAAAUUAUUGCAAGUCUUUAUUUGUCUUGCUGCUAUUGAAAUGUAAUGGUGGUGAUAUAAACUACUUGGAUGUAAGGAUCUGAUAGAAAGUUCAGUAUCGAGACCAAUAAGUGCUGUAUUAAAUAUUGGACAGCUCUAAAUCCGUGCAAAUCAUGAAGAAAUUCUAAUUUUU